AGAAGAGAUUAGGCCACACCUCCAUCGUAGCGGCCCAUUGAGCAGAUACAGAUAGAGCCGCGUUUAUUUUCUCGCAUUCUUCUUUUCCUUUCGACAAAAAUGUCGAGGGUGUAUAUCGGAAGGCUGAGCUAUCGGGCCAGAGAAAAGGACGUCGAAAGGUUCUUUAAGAGCUACGGGAAGAUACUGGAAGUCGAUCUAAAAAAUGGGUAUGGGUUCGUUGAAUUUGAUGACCCGCGCGACGCUGACGAUGCGGUGUACGACUUGAACGGGAAGGAGCUGUGCGGGGAGCGUGUGAUUGUGGAGCACACCAAAGGGCCCCGUCGGGAUGGAGGCUACAGUGGUGGAGGGGGAGGAAGGAGUGGUUACGGGGGACGUUGGGGCAGAGACCGCUAUGGUCCACCUAUUAGGACAGACUAUCGGCUCAUUGUUGAGAAUCUGUCCAGCCGAUGCAGCUGGCAGGACUUAAAGGAUUACAUGAGACAAGCGGGCGAGGUGACUUACGCCGACACACACAAGGGGCGAAAGAAUGAAGGGGUGAUCGAGUUCAGGCUGUACGCCGACAUGAAGCGGGCUUUGGAGAAGCUGGAUGGCACCGAGGUCAACGGCAGAAAGAUUCGUCUCAUCGAAGACCGCCCCGGAGCCAAACGCCGCCGCUCCUAUUCCCGCAGCAGAAGCCGUUCCAGGUCCCGCUCCAGGAGUCGCAGGUCCCGCAAGAGCCGGAGCCGCAGUGAAAGCAGCAGCCGGAGCCGCUCCCGCUCCAGGCCCGCUUCGCGCUCCCGCAGUCACUCCAACAGCAAGAAGAGUAAAGAAAAGAGCAAGAAGGAAGAUGAGCGCAGCAACGGAGACCAGAAGGACAAAGACCUGAGCAGGAGCCGCAGCCCCAAAAGCAAGAGGAGCAAGAAAGAGGGGAAGGGCAAGAAGGACGAGUCCAGGUCCCGGUCCAGGUCUCGCUCCCGUUCCGUCUCCAGGAAGUCUGCAUCAAAGGGUCGCGACCCUCCUAAGAGCGAGGAUGAAACCGGCGAACAGGAGCGGGGUUCUCGCUCCUGCUCCCCCGCCGACUCAAAAUCCAGAGCCAGGUCCAAGUCUAAAUCCAAGUCCCGCUCCCCUAGCCCCGCCAAAGAGCGCUCCCGCUCCGCUUCCCGUUCGGUUUCUCGCUCCAAAUCCCGUUCGCAGUCCCGCUCUCGUUCCCGCUCGUAGUUUAGUUUUUGGGACUGCCACCUCCUUGUGUGUCCUCUCACCCCUUUUACAAUUUGGAGCCCCCACACAGGUACUUUUUUUUUUUUUUUAAUAAGUAGCUGUACAGCCGAGAUGCUUGCGCUUGAUGUUUUAUGCCCAUCUCAGUUUCAUUUAACACUUUUUGUACUUUCCUGAAGAAGACCCCAAAAUGGAGCCUUUUUGUUAAAGUUGCAGUCUGUGCUACUCAAGUUUUACACAUUGAAUUGGUGGUCUUGUAUUUUUGCCCUUUUUGUCCUCAAAUAUAGAUGCGAAAUGCAUACUGUUGUGCUUAAUUGGAA